GCCACUUCAUAGCUGUCUGCCAUGAAAUAAUCACAGUCAAACAGCAGACUACUUGCGCGGUGAAACUUCCGGAUUUUGGACAACCAAAUGGGAAGAUAACUGUAAUCUGAGGCCUGCAUUCCGUUAACACCGGCUCUCAUCCAGAACGAGUUUUAACGACUCAAUGGGUAGGUGUAAGACCACUACACUCUCUCUUCUCUCACUAACCACUAACCCACUGUCCUGGACAGACAGCCCAGAUAGCUGAGGUGUGUGACCAGGACAGCGUGCUUGAAUCUUAAUUAGUUAUGAGCACAGAAAAUAAGCUGAAAUGAAAUAAAAUUAACAGCUUUUGAGACGGAACUGCCGAUGCCGCGGCAGUGCGCAGCUUCCCACCGUGAAUGUACGGUAAAACUAUAAAUUACCAGGAAAUGAGCUGGUAUCGUAAAUAGAUGGGAGAGAAGAAGAUACUGCAUCAUGGAGAAAGAUGUGCUAUAAUCGUCCAAUGAAAUUAGGCUGAUAGGUACAUCGUGGUACCAACGGUUGAUGGGUCUAAGAAAAACUGGAUCCUCGGAAAUCCUUUGUACUGCUAAGCCAUGAAUAUUAUUUUAUUAUAUUUCGUAACCACCUACCUCUGGUGUCCAGCACUGUGUGAUGACACUUGUCCGAAUGAUUGCCGGUGUCGAACUGCUAGGAUACCUGACUUGGGAAAUACAUACUGGACGUCGUGCAACAAAAGAAAUGUCCGUAUUAUUCCAGACCUGACUCCGUUAAAAUCGGUGCCGCAGCCGAUCCGCCUUGACCUCAAAAUGAACCGGAUCGAAGUCGUGAAGAAGACUGAUUUCCCGCCAGGUCUUAAGGUCGCCAUGUUGUUUCUGAGUUCGAACGAAGGAAUUGAAAUGAAAGACGAUGCAUUCGUUCACAUGGCAGAAUCGCUGCAGUUCCUCAACAUUGAGAGAAUACACCUGCAGUUCGUGAAGCAUUUCACAUUUCUGAGGGGUCUGGCUAAGUUAAACAAGCUCGUCAUGAGCUACAAUGAGCAGACGAGUAGGAUUCUACCCAGAGGUCUCUACAGCGAUCUGGAACUUUCGUCCCUGAAAGAGCUCUUACUGCACAACUGUGACAUUGCCGAAAUAAAAGAUGGAGCCUUUCAGGGACUGGAGUCUCUGGAGGUAUUAGAUUUAACCUCCAAUAAGCUGCCAGAAGUACCAAUGGCAAUCAGACGCUUGCCGAAUCUUAGAGUGUUGAAGCUGAGUUUUAAUCCCAUCCGGAAUAUACCUGAAGCAAGCUUCAGGGGCCUUCUGAAAUUGGAGAAUUUAAUCUUAAAUGACAUUUGGGGUCUUUCUUUGGAUAAUGGUGCUUUUCAGGGACUUGAGAAUUCACUACAAAAACUUUCACUUCGAAAAUGCGGAUUUUCGGAUAUCCCCAUUAGCAAGAUUGGAGAACUGAAGAAACUGAAGAGUCUCAACAUUGAGCACAAUCCACUGACCUCUCUCGGAAAGCAUUCCUUUAAUGGCUCAUUUUGUCUAAGCGAACUCGAUCUGUCCGAUACGUUGUUUCCACGAGACGCAGGGAUAUUCGAGGCCCAAGGAGACUGUUUGAGAGGAAUAACCCUCAACAGUCUAGAUCUAACCACAAUACCCAUUCAGAUUUUACAAGGUCUCAGACAUAUUGGAGAGGUUAGCCUAAAAAGUAAUAAAAUACAAGUCCUACCCCGAAAUGCCUUUGGAGGAAUACCCGCUACUUCUUUGAUGUUGUCGGAAAACCCCCUGACCGAAAUAAAACCUGGGGCGUUCAGUGACUUACGACAACAUCUCUCAAUAGAACUGAAGGAAACGAAGAUACCAGAUAUCAAUUUCAUUCUAGAAUACGAGAAAAACAAAUUUCGUGAGAUCUGGUUCGAUGGUACAGUUAUUCCUUGCAGCUGCAACAUUUCCAGGAUAUUUGACCUUGUAGAACCGUGGACCUUGGACGGGAGCUGUUUCAUCGGUGACGUGGAAUACUAUCUGCGGGAUCUGGAGACGAAAACAGAGCUACGAGACAACUGCACUAGUACCGAAGACGUGAAAUACGUAAGCUUCAGUGGGGACGAAACUCACCAAGCCAGCACUAACGCAGGAAUAACACUGGCUGUGAAUACGAUAUGGUAUGUCAUAAUAACACUGUUUGUGCUGUUCACAGGACUCUAAAUAUUGCCAUAAUGAUAGCUUCUUUAGCCUGAUGUUCGCACAGGUUUUGCUAAACCAAAUUUGUUUUCGCGCAGGUUUGUAUGUGCAAGCUUUAAUUGUAAGGCAUCAUGUAGGGCUAUUCCUAUGGCGAUAAAUCACUUUCCCACAGAUAGGACACUUCAUAUCACGAUCCUUGAUGUACCAAUAUGGGGCACUGAUUGGAACGGGGGAAAACCCAAGUCCACUGAUGGCGAUCGAUCAGGCGACCCAACGCACCUCAGGUAACAUCUAUUCCACUGAGCUACAUCCCGUUCCACUUAGCAAUCCAGAUAUAUAAUGGGAAAUAAUGCCUGCAUAAUAA